UUGUCUAAACCUAAUUUUCUCAUAAAAAGUAAGAAGAGAAAUCGUCUCCCUUCUCAUGUUGAUGAGGAGGUGAGAAAGGGGAAAAAGCCUUCAAUAGCGCAUUUUCCCUCUAAGCUUUCUCUCUUUUUACCAGGAGAAAGAAAAUUUACUUUCGAGCUUUUUCUUGGGAAAAUUAUUUGUUUUUAUCUGCAAACAAAUGAAAGUUACACUACCAAUUAAUCUGAAAAUUCAAAAAAAAAAAAAGGAAAAUUCAAAAUCAGAAAAAAAACCCAGCACCAAUUCAUUUUUGACCUUACAAAAAUUUGAUAAUAUCACUUUCGCUUUCGCCAUCUCCUCCUGUUGCUGCUUUUUAUAUUCCCAUUCAACAAGGGAAAGCGUAUAGACCUUCCUCUUCUCCCUCCUCGUCGUUUCUAAUCCUCUUCUUUUUCCAUUUUUUUUAAAGAUUUUGGCUAUAUAAAUGUUCGUAUCUCUCUCUAGAAUCUGCAGGUUAAGAUCUGCAAUCAGAUGCUUUAAAUCUCUCUGAUUCCAGAUUUAGCGAUAUCAACUGAGUUUGCAAUAGAUUUUAGUAGGUUUUCUUCGUAAUAUUGGAUUCCUGACUUGAUUAGAGACCUGGGAUUGAGUUGAGCAAUUUUGUUUCUUUAUUUGCGUGCUCUUGUUCCGCUUAUUGAGUCCAAUGUCGCUGUUGCUAAAAGGCGAUUCUAUCCAGAUUCGCGAGGUGUGGAAUGACAAUCUUGAAGAAGAAUUUGCACUUAUCCGUGAAAUUGUUGACGACUAUCCAUAUAUAGCGAUGGACACGGAAUUCCCAGGCAUUGUGUUGCGCCCUGUGGGCAAUUUCAGGAACAGCAAUGAGUAUCAUUAUCAAACUUUGAAGGAUAAUGUCGAUUUGUUGAAGUUAAUUCAAUUGGGUCUUACAUUUUCAGACGAUCAAGGGAAUUUACCCACAUGUGGAACCGACAAAUAUUGCAUUUGGCAGUUCAAUUUUCGAGAAUUCAAUGUGAACGAGGAUGUUUUUGCAAAUGAUUCAAUCGAACUUUUGCGCCAAAGUGGGAUUGAUUUUAAGAAGAAUAAUGAGGAGGGUGUUGAUGCGAUGCAAUUUUCUGAGCUCUUGAUGUCAUCAGGGAUUGUGUUGAAUGAUAGUGUGCACUGGGUGACUUUCCAUAGUGGCUAUGAUUUUGGCUACUUGCUUAAGCUCUUGACAUGCCAGAAUUUGCCCGACACGCAAGUGGGAUUCUUUAACUUGAUCAACAUGUACUUCCCAACCUUAUAUGAUAUCAAGCAUUUGAUGAGGUUUAGCAAUAGCCUUCAUGGAGGGUUGAACAAGCUCGCAGAGUUGUUAGAAGUGGAGAGAGUUGGGAUAUGCCAUCAAGCAGGUUCAGAUAGUUUGCUCACAGCUUGUACAUUCAGGAAAUUAAAGGAGACUUUCUUUAGCGGCUCCUUGGAAAAGUACACAGGAGUGUUGUAUGGUUUAGGUGUUGAGAAUGAAUAGAAUACUCGUUGAUUAUGAAAAAAAUUAAAAAAGGAGAAAAUUAUGAUUAGAAAGAUGCUCAUUCAACUGUAUAUGUGUGCUGGACACCAACAAAUCGUGUAAACUUUUGUCAUCAUAUUUUCUUUAUUAUGAAUGUUUUCAUAUUUUUAAUA